UUCUUUUAUCUGUUUAUCUGAUUGGUUAUUUAUCUAUUUGUGAUUAGUUGUUUGCUUUUUUCCAUCUUGGUCUGCAGGAUCUUUGUGUUAUGUGUGAAUGUUCAAGUAGUUAAACUGAUAAAAAUCUUCACCAACGAGAGAAAUUUUAAUACAGAUCUUGACUAAAUAGUUAUUUUUGAUAGAUAGAUUUAUAUAAAAAAUGUACAGAGCCUGUAAGGUGACAUGGUGAUUAAUAUAUUAAUAUAUUAAGCUUAGUUACUAUAUUGAAGUCACAAAUUACUAUACUGAGGUCACAAAUUACCAUAUGGAGGCCACAAUUUACUACACUGAGGGCACAGAUUACUAUACUGAGGCCACAAAAUACUAUACUGAGGUCACAAAUUACUAUACUGAGGUCACACAUUACUAUACUGAGGGCACAGAUUACUAUACUGAGACCACAAAUUACUAUAUUGAGGCCACAAAUAAAUAAAAGUCAUGCAACUAAUCAAUUACUAAGUUGCCAAUUGAUCUCUACAAGUUCUCCAGCACAUUUUGCUCCAAGCCUCCUCCCUACGAAACACACGCGGCUAGCCCUUCACAAUAAGAGUCCUGGCCAGAACAACCCAGAGAAUAAAUGCUAGAGAACUAACACUCUAAAAUAAACACUAUGAACACGCUACAAUAUUAAGGACACGAAUUAAUAUACUGAGGCCACGAGUUAAGAAUCGCAAGUCGUGGCCUCGAGAUAUCAAUUCGUGGCCUCAAUAUAUUAAUUCGUGGCCACGCCUUUUAAAAAAAAAUCACCAUGUCACCUUAGGGUCUCCGUAAAAACGCGCUUGGAGGUUUAAAUAAAUAUUUAAUCACUCAGGUCAGGCUGCAGCAGCGCGGACCUUCAGCCAGACUGCAGCCACAUCCGACACGAUGGCGUGAAUAAUAAAUAAAUAAAUUAAUAAUAAUAAUAAUAAUAAUAUUAGUAGUAGUAAUAAUAACGUCCUGUCAGAGGUGGAUGGCCUACGACUCAGCCGGAGCCGACAGAAGCGGGGAGGCGGCGUGGCUCCUGCAGCAGCAGCGGCACAUGCAGCAGCCUAAAGCGGGCUGGAGUCCCGGAUACAACCCGGAGAGCAGCUGGAGCGGAGCGAUGGAUUCAAAUCCAUAUUGUGGCUAUCCACCAAACUAUUGGUACCCUCAUUCACAUACAGCUGGACCCUAUGGUAACGCGUACCCAUCUGGAGCGGAGGUCAAUGGACAAGCGCCGUACAAUCCACAGGCGAUGUCAGGCUAUCCCAACGGGGUGUACAAUCCUGGACAGUACUCGGCAAACAUGAUGCACCCUUCCAAUCCGUUCUACUGCAGUGAGCAGAUUCCUCCAAGGCAACCACCCCAGUAUCACAAUCAGCCUUGCCCCGAUCGGACCACCGGGAAUUCCUCUCAGCCUCCUUAUUCUGUGCCACACUGCCAAGGGGGUCCUGGAUAUCCGCCCAGUUCGUACCCACACUAUGGAGACGGGUGCCCACCUAACGCCCCGUAUCCCGCCCAGCGGCCCCAGCCUGAAGCCUGGCCCCAUUCGGGCGGGUACGGACCGACACCCCCUCAGCAGCAGUGGCCGUCUGGCACCCAGCCAGCUCACGGGCCGUACGCUAACCAUGCUAACCAUGUACGGCCUCCGCAUCCUCCACCCUGGCAGGGUCCGGCUCCGCCUCCGUACGAACACAAGCAGGAACCUCCGUAUCCCGGUCCACCUCACCUGCAUCCCCGAAACCAGCCCGCGGGCCCCAAACCUCGGCCGAACACCCCGAACCCUGGCCAGAACAAACCUGCUGAGUUCAGCGCUCCUCCUCAGAUGUACAACAGAGCGAAGGGUGGUGCUGAACCUAAACCAGCUCCGAACGACCCGCCCCUGGCAGGCUCCGCCCCUGCCACGCCCAUCGAUAACCCCAGCCUGGCUCGAGUCCAGCAGGUCCUGGCCAGAGUCCAGCUGCUCCAGGAGGACGUGGACGAGUUUGUGGGCAAAAAGACGGACAAAAGCUACCGCUGCCUGGAGGAGCUGCUGACCAAAGAGCUGCUGGAGCUGGACUCUGUGGAAACCAACGGCCAGGACAGUGUCCGGCACGCUCGGAAGGAGGCUGUGCAGAGGAUCCAGGCCAUCCUGGACCGCCUGGAGAAGAAGGCCUUCUAGUCCUAGUGCCACAUCAUAAAGGUUCAGAGGUGGAGGGUUCGAUUGGCACUUAUAUCGUUUUUGGUUUGGGUUUUGUUUGUUUAUUUGAGAUCGGGUGUAGGUUCGUUUUCUCUGAGUUGCCAGUACGUUUCUGUAAACCAGUUUCUGUUUCACAAAGCAGGACUUUGUGUUCGUUUAACCAGGUCUAAAGGAAUUUGUCACCAUUUCCAGCUUAAUCGCCAUCCAGCGCAUUCAGCCAAUUACUGUGGAUGGUUUUUUUGACAAUUUGGACCUGGUAGAAGAACAGAAACAUUGACUUCUGUUUUGCUAAGUGGAGGGAAAUGGAUUUUAUUAUUGGGAAAUUAUUAUUAUCCUUGUUACUGUUGAAAAUGCUGGUGUAUUCCUUUAGUCAAGCCUGUCCACUAGGAAAAGAGCUAAGGGUCAGUCCUAUUAGACGAUCAUAAACUUCUGGCUUAAGUUACCCAGUUAAUUCAAAACUCCUGCUUUGUUAAACACACUUCGAGACAUGGAUUAAGCCUAGUCUUAGGCCGAGUCGUAAUCCAGGUGGUGAUUCACCAUUGAAACUCUUAGGAUAAGUAGAUGUACUUUAUUGAAUCAAUACUGCAUCCAAUUUUUAGGCUUAGUCUAAGUCUGGAAAACUGGCCCUGUUAGUUUUUGUCUAUUUGUUUCUUGCAGGUAAACAGGUUUUUACAGCUGUCCGUUAAAAAGCAAACGCUACCGUACUCCGUGCCAUAAACAAGAGCUCAGUUCACUUAACUGUAGUGUCAGUUUGAUGUCUGUCUACAGUUUAUUUGAUCAUUUAAUGUACAUUUAACUUGGCUAAACAGUUGUUAGCGGUAUCAACAGUGUCCACUGAGUCAUGUAGUCACAACAAAGCUACACUGAACAAACCCAUCACACUCGUAUGUUGUAGUUUGCAUGCAUAUUUUAUGGUUUUCUCACUCACUGCCAUGUCAGAGUAUUGUGGUUGAUAGGAAACAGCUUAGUUCAGGGGUGGGGAGCUCCAGUGCUGGAGGGCCGGUUUCUUGCACCGUUUGCUGAUUUUCCUCCUCAGACACGUGUGAUUUUACUCCCUGGUUAACUACCAGGUUUAGCUGGCGUGCGAGAGAGGAGAAAUGACCAAACUCUGCUGGACUGCAGCCCUCAGUUCCCCAUCCCUGCCUUAGUUGAUGAACGAGGAAAGGUCAGCUCUGUGUCUAAUUAUACCAACACACAAAACAUCAGCGCCACGUCCUCAUCGGGAAUAUAAAUAUAAAAUAAAAUAUUUCACUAUACUUAGUGCCAAUAUUAGGCUGUGUUAGUUAGACCACUUUCAGGAUGAGUGGGUGCCCGCAGUGUCUGUAGCUUACAUCUGAAAGUGUUCACACCACAACUUCCACUAAAUAUGCGCAUAAUUAGAUAGUUAAGAUGUAAACAGAGUCAUUCAGAGUGGUUUGGUGUGAAACGCUCUGUUUUAGAGAAACUUACCGAGUCAGAAUUCUUGAAACUUUUUUUUUCUUCACAGAUUUUCCACUAUUUUCCCAUCAUCAACAUAUUUAAAAG